UUUAUUGGAGAUAGAUUAAAAUCUUCAAGGGAUACUUGCAUCAACUUUAUAGCCAUUAUAUCGCCAUCAUUUAUUUUACCCGUUUCAUCUGUAACGUGUUCAGGCAAUCCUGACCAAGCCACUUUUACAGUAGAGAGUAUUGAUAGCUCUGAAGCAGGAAACAGCUGUAAUGACAAUAUGGUACUUGUGAACAGUCAAUACUGUGUGAGAUGUCCACAAGGAAGUUUUUUUAAUAAAAACUUUUGUGUAAAGUGUCCUGACGGACAUUAUCAAGAUUUAAUUGCGCAGACGUCUUGUAAAUCAUGCGGUGAAAAUUCUGUUUCAACCGAUGAUAGAACAACUUGCACAGCAAAAUGCCCACCUGGUUUUACAUCAUUGGAUGGAAUGACAGACUGUAAGCCAUGUGGUAGAAACAAGUAUUGGGUAAAUGCAACUACCUGUGAAGAUUGUCCCGCUGGUUAUAAAACAGACGUGAUGAAUGGUGUUCCUGAUAUAGAAGGCUGUAAAGCUCCUUGUCCAGCUGGAAAGUACUCUUUGACUGGACAUGAACCAUGCGAAGAGUGUCCUUUUCAUUACUACCAAGAUGAUGUGGCUCAAACAACUUGUAAAGAAUGUGGUGAAAGAGAAAAAACUGAAAGUACGGGCCGUAACAGUUCAAGUUACUGUGUCACCAUAGCCUCUUCAGAAUGCAGUAACUUAAUGUGGAUGGGAUGUAAUGAUGGGAAGUGUGAAAUUCAAAAUCACGAAGCUGUUUGUGUUUGCAACGAAGGUUACACUGGUGCAUUCUGUGAGACUCUUGUUGACGUAUGUCAAUCCAGCCCUUGCUUUAAUGGAGGAACAUGUAUGCAGAAUGGACACAAAUUUAACUGCACAUGUCGAUCAAGCAAAGUUUCUGAAUUGCAAAAACUGACAGGAAAUUAUGUUGUUGAAGAUGAACACUUUGAAAGAUUAACCAAAAAAUCUGUUGAGGACUGUGAAAGUGAAUGUUUGAAUGAUGAAAAGUGCCAGGCCAUGUAUUAUUCCAUCGGGUUCUGCUUUAUAGUGUACAAGGACGUCCCUCCUAUACCAUACGCUGGCGUAGCUUUGUACUAUAAGAAAGUACUCAGACACGUUUUUGAGAUCCUGCAGGUACUAAAUUUUUAUAAAAGAAAGCUACCUGAGAAGUUUGAGAUGUCUCACCCGAAGUAG